AUGGGCUUUGGCGAUGUGCUAGACGACAGCACCUUUUUGCAAUGUAUGGGAAUCUUUCGCCGUAUAACAGUGAAGAGAGGACGUGUUUGCGUCGAUGGUCUAAUUUUCAUUAUGUCUGGAGCGCAGGGAGACAUCAUGGUUGGUAAUGUAAAAAGCCUAGUUGAUCGCUUAUCAAAGGACUUUUCGGGAACUAGGCCUCCUCUGUCCCUUCAUGAACCGAGGAAAGUGUUAACUACGAAAGCGAGUCCACCUGUACAUCAUGUUAUAACAACAUUUGCAUAUACUGCUGCGCAGGAUGACGAGCUUACUUUGGAAUUAGGCGAUGUUGUGGAGGUAUUGGAAGAAGUAGAGGAUGGUUGGAGUCGUGGCCGUCAGUUGCGGACUGGACUUGUCGGGAUGUUCCCCACUAAUUUCGUGAAACCUGACGUUGCAUCAACAGUAACUUCUGGUCGGGAGGAGGAGAAAGUGGUGAUCAGACACACCGGUGAAUCAGAUUUACCAGAAGCCAACAGAAGGACUCCUUCUGUUGUUGGAGGAGUGAACGUCCUAAGCAACAAAAUUCCUCAUAUCGAAACAAAGGAUGAACCAAGAACUAAAGAAAUGGCUCGAGUGAAAUUUGAGUAUGAGCCCCAACACAGCGACGAGCUUCGGUUAGGAGAAGUUGGACAACUAAUCACCAUUAUUCGGAAAGACUGCGGAGAUGCUGGAUGGUUUGAAGGGGAAAUCAGUGGUCGACGUGGCUUGUUCCCGGACAAUUUUGUUGAAAUUGUUCAAGUGCCAAUAAAUACUCAGUCUGGUGUUAUCUACCAUCCGCUUUCUGCGCAGCAUUCGAAAAUGAUAGCUAAGCCACCUGCAGUGAAUCCCGCUGGGAUUAUUCCUCCAGCGGUACCUGCUAAACCUUUGAAGCAGAAAUUAUCCGAGAGUUCUACUUCUUUGAACGGUGCUGGAACAUCGCCUCCUUCUUCCAAUGCUACUCCUAGUCCUACGCCUGUUUUGCCAUCUCAAGUGAAGCAGCAUAAUUCAGCCUUUGCUGCAGCUCGAGAUCGAAUAUCGAAAGAUCUUAUCGUUGGACAGCCGGGUCAAGUGUCUUCAAAAUUAACCAAAUCUGUGAUAAUUCCCUCUGCAUCCGAGUCUAGUGCAACAGCUAGACCCACAAGCACUAUUGAAUCAGAAGAAGUGUCUGAUGAUAUCGCCAGUCCGCUAAAUCAUGUGACGAAAACUAGAGUUCGUCCGCCAGGGAAGCGGCCUGUUAGCAUGCUGUUGAUUAAGAAGAAAGGGUCCAUGGAUAAUCUUCUGGAAAGCCCCACUCAAUUAGCCUCGUCUGAUCUUAAGGAAAGAAAUACUUUCUGCAGUCCGACUUCCCCAUCUUCGGCUUCUCCGACUUCACAUUCAGCGACUUUCCCUCAGAAACUUUCUUCCUCAGCCACCCCUGCGAAGGUUGUGCCAGCACGACCUCCACCAGCUGAAGUGAAGAAGGAUGAAAAACGAGAUUAUUCCUUAGAAAACUCCACUCCGUCCAUUCUGCCGGCCUCGAAUAAUUCAGUGGAGAAAAAUUUUAUCAGCCAUACUACCAGCGAGACGCUACCUUCAUCCACUUCGUCGAUUUCACACUCGUCGGUUUAUGAGUUUCGCAGUUUGCCUCCUAAAGGUGUUCCCUCUUCAUCCACUUCAACCACUAAACUUGCAUCUGCUGAUGCUUUUAAUAAAGACAGACGAAGGACUUUUACUACAGGCACCAAACCAUCCGUUUCUUCAAGUGCUCAUUCGUCGAUGGCAACAUCAGUUUCUUCUUCCGUGGAUUCAGAAUGGGUUUCCCGUAAGGAAUACAACGAACUGCUCACUCGCAUAGCCAACCUGGAGACUCGCAUUGCUCAGCUCGAGAAGCGAUGA